GAUUUGGGGUCGAAUUGAACCAUACUGGAAAGGUGAAGGAAGACCCAUUUCAAUUACAUAAUUUCAUUCUGAUUUAUUAGGCUAAAGUCGCCACCAUACCAAGGGAGUGUCUCAUCUGGUGAAUUUCGACAAGUGGGAGCAAAGUGAGACCACUCCAUGGCAGACUCUUCAGAUUUUUUAAAUGCUGCUCCAGAGCAAGUCAUUGUUUUAAGCUUUUGUCCUCUCAAAGUAAAAAACUUGGAUGACAUAUUGACGUUGCAUGCCAAGAAUCCUAAGGAUUUAACUUGUCAUCCAAGUGAAAAGCGGUACUGUUGUGAAACAACUGCAAAGAUAAGUGUGAAGGAACGUGAUGCUUCGCAUGGGUUCACCUGGAUGCAUGUACAAUAGACGUGGUUGGAAGGAUUGGAAAUGAAAGACCAGUCUGUCUGGCUGUUCUAGAUUGAAACCAUGCCUGACCUCUUGGCUUCAGAGUAUUCAGUAUUCUAUUGAAAUAAAUGUAUUAAUGAUUUUAAUCUUUUAUAUGUCUUAUUUUUCAAACAACUAUAGGAAAUCAGAGAUUAUUCCCUUGGUGGAUGCUUAUAAUCAAAUAAUUAUGUAUUAAUGAUGAUAACUCAAGCUGGAGCCUAGAUCAUGAAGAUUUAUGUGGGCUUUUCUAGCUUUCAAAAACCGGUCUGUGUGGAUAUUAAUGUGAUAGGAGAAGGCUGGCCAAAGAUAUUCUUUUCCCUGUAUGCAAUUGGAUAGGAAAUAAAUAAAACAAGCAACU